AGACGUCACUUCUCUUCUCACAUUUUUCCUGAAUAGAUUUUCUAUCUUGAAAUUCGUAGACCAAAGGAAGCGCAACGUCGCCAAAAUCAACCAAAUCCUCUGAAAAUUGUUUUAUUUGAGAUACGCAUUUGCAUCCCAAAUAUAAUGUAGUUCAGAAAACCGCCCCCAAAAAUCUUAAAAAAAAAAAACAAAACUUGAAUCGUAUUUGUAUUUGAAAUAUUUCGGGUGUGAAACCAAAUCAAAGAAAAUCCUAAAAACCAAAAGAUCGGGAAUGGAAGUUUGCAUCGAACAACAACGACGACCCGACAACGCAUCUUCACCAAAUGAAGAUCAACUGCUCAGCAUCGUCAAUGGCCAUGGCCAUGGUCAUGAUGCAAUCAUACCCGAUAGCGCCAAGGCGCUACAUCAACAUCAUGUGAAGCAACAACAGCAACCGAGCUUCACAUAUCCGCUGUUGGACAAUGUCCACUUUGCUCUCGAGCCUCCCACCAAGAACGGUCGCACUUUUGUAACGCGUGGCAAAUUCAAGUAUUUCCACUACAACUGUGACGGCCACAACGACGUGGGUUGGGGUUGCGCCUAUCGCACGCUGCAGACGGUCUGCUCGUGGAUAGAAGACAAGUUGAUGGACGGCCGCGAGUCGGUGGUUCCGUCAAUUCUCGAGAUCCAGCAGCUGCUGGUUGACAUCGGCGACAAGCCCUUUGAGUUCUUCGGGUCGCGCGACUGGAUCGGUGCCAUGGAGGUGUUCUAUGUCAUCGAUGCUCUGUACGACAUCCCGUGCAAGAUAAUGCACGUGCCGCAGCGCGAGGACCUCAAAAAGUACGCGAAUAUUUUGAAGCAAUACUUCGAGGACGGCGGUGGAGUGGUGAUGAUGGGCGGCGAUGAGGAUACUUCUUCUAAGGGCAUCGCCGGACUGCACAUCAGUGGGAAUCAAGCUUACUUUUUAGUUAUUGAUCCCCAUUACGUGGGCAGACCGAAGUCCGCAGAGGAACUAAUCCAAUGCGGCUACGUGCGCUGGCAACACUCUUCGGAGUUCGUCGACAGCUCCUUCUACAAUCUUUGUCUUCCACAAAUUUAAUAACUUCUUAGUACCUAAACAGAAAAACCAAGCAAUCUUUCUCAGCCAAUUUUAACUACUUGUUGAUUUUACUCUUCUAUCUUUUUAUCCUUUUUCCAUAUUUUUUUAUUUACUUCUUCUUCUAUUCUCAAGGCCAUUUGUUCGUGGUUUUCUUCAUAGAAACAAUAUGUUAGUCCAAAGAAUCAG